GAAGGAAAUGUGUAUAGAAUGAAUGUUUGUUAUAUGAGUUACAAGCCUCCUAUAAGGAGUAUAUAUAGGGAAAAUCCGGGUCUGGGCGUCUAAUAUGGACCCAACAGACCCGGUUACAUAAAUGGACUGAUAGUAUAAAAAGCUAAUCUAGAACAUCUGAAUAAUAAUAAUAAUGUACAAUAAUAUUAAUGAUAUCCGCUAAACGUGUGUGGGCCGCUGUCCAGGCCUAGUAGUCGGCAUACCAGGGGGUCGGAGUCCAUAUAAUCCAUCAGGAGUCCCCCACUCCCUGAGUCGAGAGUACUCGAGGCGAAAGGGAGUAGUCCAAACCGUAUCUGCAACGUUCUUCCUCUUCGGACGGGGGACCACCACCCUUGUCCAUUAUGGGGAGGUGCCUCGUUAAAAACCUUUACUAGGAAAAACCCAGUGGGAAAAAAUCCUAAUAAAGGGAAAAAGAGUACACCUAGCGCCCCCAACAUGAAACAAGGAAGGUAAAUCCCAUCCGGCAUAAUCAAUCUAGCUCAGCUCCUCUUCAACCGACUCAGCUCUCGUUCCUGCUCUUGCGUGAUAUUUUCUGCUCAUCUAGAAACUCUGACCCCUCAGUCCCCCAGUCCCCACUCUUUGAGGCGAGUGGAGACGAGGUGAAAAUGAGUAAAGUCAUCUUCGUAACUACACAUUUAUCAUACAUAUAAAAAAAAUUCUCUUGGGAUUGAUGUUCCCAAUCGGGAGUUCGUCACUUGAAACAAGUGGAGAUGUGAAUUGUCAAUGUAAUGAUAAAAUACUUAGUAGAAUGGAUGUGUGAGCCAUUCGUAAGCAACGGUCGCCACUCAAGGAAUGACUAAGACCGGUCUUCGUACCCGACUUGGUCGGGGUUUUGUCUUCAUGCCCGACUUGGUCGGGGCUUUGUGCCUGAGGAGACAGAGCUUUGUGCCUGAGGAGUCAGGGCUUUAAAUCCUAGUGAUGGGUCUCAAGCCACACUCUACUAGGUAUUUGAUCAUAAGUGCGUGAUAGUGUGAUGCUCGCCCGACAAAAAAUUAAUUUAAAUAAAAAUAAUAUGAAAAUUAAAGAGUACUUAUCUUUUUGAAGUGGGCUGAAAUAUUGGACUGCUUGGGCUAAAAUAUUGGGCUGAUGUUGAAAUUGAGCCCACUCGCAUUAGUUAGUAUCAAUUUUUGCGCUGAAGCAGUCCUGGCCCGAAAACAGCGGCCCAUCAAGAGAUCUGAGGCUCAAUCUCUGGCUCCACGUAAUCCCAGCCCACUGCUCCAUCUUGUCCCAUGUUUAUUUCCAGCGGAGUUUUUGAUGGCUAAUGUAACAGUCCAUGUGCGUAGGUCCUCCAAACGAUGCUGGGAGAUCUUCGAAUGAUGUGUGGUCGGCGUCCAUUUCCCACACCUAACGUCAGAUUUGCAAAGGAAAGAGCAGCUAGCUAUCUCCUCGUCGCCAGCCGCCUAUAGUCGUCGUCAGCAGGAAGAAAGGCGGAGCCGCUGCUGGAGCUGCGUUGAGGUAGACGUUGACCGGAUCGGGCACAUCUUCAUCUCCUUCCAUAGCUCACGUUUGGUCUGGAGAGAGGAAGAGGUAGAGUCGUUGCUUCCGUCCAGGGAGGUAAGGCCCAGACGGACCCUUCCUACCACGGCCGUCGCCGUCCUAUACGGCGGAAGAAGUCUUUGUCGUGGCUGAGAGACCUCCUCGCUGCGGAGCUUAAGUUGGUGGUGAUGCGAUACAGGUGGUUCGCGGUGGCCUGCCGCCGGCAGGGGUGCUAGACCAGAAGUUAGCCGACAUGACCUGGGACGCCGCUGCGGGGCGUCGGUUCUCCGGCCUUGUCUGCGAAAUCCUAGAUUUCUGAUUGUGCCGUUGCUGUAAUUUUUUUAUUUUAUUUUUCCAGAAUAGUUCCUCACAGUUUGAGCUACCUUUGGCCGGAUCGUUACGGGAAGCAAAUAGCGUGAAAGCGGAGCGAGCUUCCAUUAGCCGCCGCCGGCGAGCAACUAGCGGUGGUGAUGCGACUUAGGCGAGGAGCUCCAUGGAUCCGAACAGGCGUCACAACUUGGUACCUUCCUUGCGGGGCCGACACUACCCGGAGCUGAAGCAGGAGAUUGGUGGGCCUAGUGGCGCAGUGACGGAGGUGGAGCAGCCAGCUGCGACCAGCAACGCCAAGUUAGGACUUGGGGUUUUGACGAAGAAUGUUUGAUGGGUUCCACAGAUCAUCCGCAGAUCUUGUAAUCGCUUGAUCUAGACGACGAUAACUGAGGUGGAUGGAUGUCUGCUUCUGUUGAUCGAUAACCAAAGCCUGUGAGGUGAUUGGAUCUUCACCUGGUUACUAUAAGUGGUAAGUGAUGAUCAAACAGAUACUAAACAGGCUCCCUCGGAAGCCCUCCAAGUCAGCUGAAAACCGUGAUGGAGGAACCUCUACUUUUCCUCCAAAUUCUUCUAAUUCAAGAAGCAGUGACUUAUCUGGUGCACGGUCAGGGAGUUCUAAUGCUAUGUCUCUGUCGGGGACUAAUUCCAAUUCUGCCACUGGGGCAAACCACGGAAAUAAACUUCUCCAUGGUUCAAGUGCCAAAGAGAACGGGACCUUGGCAGUUUUCCACUACGAAGCACUGCCUAAUUUUAGAGAUGUUCCCACUUCCGAGAAGCAGAGUUUGUUCAUAAAGAAGCUCAACAUGUGCUGCGUACUUUUUGAUUUCACAGACCCCACAAAAAACAUGAAAGAGAAAGAUAUAAAGCGGCAGACUUUGAUGGAGCUUGUUGACUAUGUUGCCUCAGUGAAUGUGAAGUUCAAUGAAACUGCCAUGCAAGAGAUCGUAAAAAUGGUUUCCACAAAUCUGUUCAGAUCACUUACCCCUCAGCCUCGUGAAAACAAGAUUUUGGAAGCUUUUGACUUGGAAGAGGAGGAACCGACGAUGGACCCUUCAUGGCCACACCUGCAGAUCGUUUACGAAUUCCUUCUCAGGUUUGUGGCCUCACCUGAGACGGAUGCCAAACUGGCAAAGCGGUAUAUUGAUCAUUCCUUUAUCAUCAGACUGCUAGAUCUAUUUGAUUCAGAAGACCCUAGGGAAAGGGAGUACCUUAAAACAGUUCUCCACAGGAUUUAUGGAAAGUUCAUGGUGCACAGGCCAUUUAUUAGGAAGGCAAUCAAUAAUAUAUUCUAUCGGUUCAUUUUUGAAACAGAGAAACACAAUGGGAUUGCAGAGCUGCUGGAAAUAUUGGGCAGUAUAAUUAAUGGGUUCGCCUUACCACUGAAGGAAGAGCAUAAGCUUUUCCUUGUCCGUGCCCUUAUCCCGCUUCACAAACCAAAGUGCAUCCAAAUGUACCACCAACAGCUGUCUUACUGCAUCACACAGUUUGUGGAAAAGGAUUGCAAGCUUGCUGACACUGUUAUUAGGGGUUUAUUGAAGUAUUGGCCUGUCACAAACAGCUCUAAGGAGGUUAUGUUCUUGGGUGAGCUGGAGGAGGUCUUAGAAGCUACACAACCUCCAGAGUUCCAACGCUGUAUGGUUCCUUUGUUCCGCCAAAUUGGCCGGUGCUUGAGCAGCUCACAUUUUCAGGUGGCCGAGAGAGCCUUGUUUCUAUGGAACAAUGAUCAUAUUGAGGGCCUAAUAAAACAGAACCGAAAAGUUGUACUGCCAAUAAUCUUCCCUGCCCUGGAGAGAAAUUCCAGAACCCACUGGAACCAAGCAGUCCAGAGUUUGACCCUUAAUGUCCGCAAACUCUUCUCGGACAUAGACCCUGAGCUUUUCGAGGAAUGCUCGCAGAAAUUCCAGGAAGAUGAAUCCCGUGAACAAGAAGUCAUGGUGAAACGGGAAGCAACCUGGAAGCGGCUUGAAGAUCUUGGCGGCAUUAAAGCAGCAAGCAAUGAAGCGGUACUUGUCUCUCCAAGAGCGGCAGCGGCGGCCAGUCGUGGCGCUACAUCUGGUUAAAUUCUGGCCAGGACCCACAUCUUGUUUGUUUGUAUCACUGACUGAGGAGUUGAAUCAUCAUAACAAACACUGAGGGAGUGAGAAAGAUGGACCUCUACACUCAUAAAUGCAUUGGAAUUUCUCCAGUUUCACGGGCGACGCUGCAUUGAUUGGGGGCUGUACAUAUGGGAAUUGGGGUUAAAGAAGUGUCUCCAUAUUUUAUAACUUGAGUCAAUUUGGAUGAUAUUAAAAACCUGGCAUUCUCUCGGUUUGACUAGGAAUUAUAGGGUGGCUUCAUUUUGCAGGACCCCUUAUUCCUCCCUAGAUGAUUUUGAAUUUUUAGUCUUUGUUAUCAUUAUUCUGUGUACUCCUCCCCUAUCCUGCACUUAUCAUAUAUCCUUAUUUGUACCAUUUUUUAUUAUACAAUUCUAUAUAUGAGAAGUUUAAGAAAUGGUGGCUGCUUCGGCCUUCUGCAGAAUCUAG